UUCCGUGAUUUCCGUCCUAACCUUCCAGAUCCUUAUCAUUAUUUUGGCAAAUUUGCGUAUUACCUGGCAAAUAUUUUCAGUUAUCAGUCCAUCUCGAAUUAAAGAAACAAAACAACGGAACGAAAGCGGAAAGUCUGAAUCAACGAUAGAAAACUGAAAACGUGAACUUUUUGACGACGGCUUGGCGGCUUGCGACAGUGUAGCGAUGAUCGGCUCACCAUUUUCGUUCAAGCCAGCUUUCCACAAGCGCAGUGAAACCUGUCCAAACUCGCUGGAAAUUGUCCAUCAUUUUUGUCUCGCUUGCAAGCUUGCUCGCCAGUUUGCAGUUUCGAGUGUUUUGUGGCGCGGCUUUCCCCUUAUUUACUUCUCCGGAUUCUCCACGAUAUUUCUCCAGGAUCCAGCUCUUGCGCUUAAACUGUUUGGUCACCAAACAGUUUAAGCGCAGUUUGGUGUUCUGAUCUUGCUUUUUUUCUUGCUCGUUUGGAAAUGGAUUUGGGAAAGCGCCGUCGCAUCAGCCUGGCAUCCCUGCAGCGCAUCUCGCGGGAGCAUGCUGCUAACCUGGACGAUCGCUGCGAUAGCGUCGAUGUGUGGAGCGACGACGGCCAGCUGCAGUACGGGCGGAUCGUGGAUGCAGCCGUCGGCGGUCUCUUCAUCGACUUCCUCUGCCCGGAUCGCCGCCGUCAGUUCGUCCCAUUCGGCCGCCUCUUCCGGAUGCAGCACAGUUGGGAUCUGCGGGAACACUGGGGGCCGCCGCAGCUGGAGGUCCUGUGGCGCGCCCACCCCCGCGGACCCUGGACCUGGCUGGGGGCGGAGCUGGUGGUGACGGUGAAGGAGGGCUACCGUCGCAUGGACGCCGCGUUAGUGCGGCUGUACGACGCCGCGGGCCGGGCAACGGGGCCCUUGCAGGUCGUCCCGGCCGCUCGGAUCCGUUACCCAGGCUGCGAUGCCGUCGGGGACAGCGGGAGUAGCGUUCUGGCGGGAGCGCACGGCCGACCACCCGGGGAAGAGGAGCUGCGGCGCUAUUACGGGGAGGAUUACGCUGAGCUCUUGGUCGGUCCGGAGACGUUCGUUUUCAGCCGGCUGCAGCUGCCAGCGAAAUGUGCCGCUGCAGCGGAGGAGACGCAGCGCUGCCUGAUGGAGCGCUGCCUGUACCGUCCGAACCGGCGUUGGCCGCCGUUGGAGUUUCUUCGUCGGCUGGAUGAGGGCGGCACAUGGCUGUAUAUGGAACGCACAGACGGGAACAAUUCGUGGAUGGGCUUCCGGGAGGCUGCGCUGCGUCUGCCAUUGGCGCUGCCGCGGAUGCUCCGCAUGCUGGAGGUGCCCGCGGCCGUGGAGGCCACCGCUGGCGAGGGACUGCAGCAGCUGCCGGUGGUGUUGCUCUCCGCGGUCUUCUCCCAUCUGGACGCGAUGGAGUGGACGCGUCUGCGCCCGGUGUGCGCCCUCUUUGACGCCGUCCUGCAGUCGGCCCCGCUGGCCGCCGACCUCGUCGUUAACGGCCGCGACGACUACGCCCUGCUGGCCAGCCUGCUCCACGCCUUUCGCUCUUCCGUCCACCGUGUCGUCCUCCGCAACGGUGAUCUGGACAGCCUGCUGAAAGUGGGCGAUUUGGCCAAGCACUGCCCGGGAAUGCGUGAGCGUGUGCCCACCAUCUUUCUCCCGCGGCUGACGUGCCGGCUGUCCGUCGACGCCUGUCCGCACAAGACGCGCUCGGGCAUGGGUUGCGCAGUGGGGGAUUUGGCGGAGGCGCUGCGUCGACUGCCGGGCAAGGAGGUUGUGCUGUUGCAGUGCCGCGUCGACCUGCUGGACGUCGACAGUUGUGAAUACGAGGAGCAGCGUUUGCAAUGCCGCAUGGACACGCCGGUGAACAUUCCCGUAGCGCGUGUCGAGCCGACGAGCACGGGGUUGUUGCGGCAGGUGUGGGAUCUGCUGGAGGCCGGGCUGGCGUGGACAGCGGCGACGGAUGACCAGCAGCGCGCCGCGGACUGGCUGGCGGAAAUGCGAGCCAACCAGCAGCCACUGGGCGAACGUCAGCGCCAGCUGCUGGACACUCUGGGCAAAACGGUGUGUGCGCUGGAGCACGCGCUGCGCCGCAACGCCGGUCCCCCGCUGUACGCGCAGUGCGGAAUGGCCCUGCAGGGCGUGGAGGUGGAGCGGGCGGCGCCGCUGCUGCUGGCCUGCCUGGUGCAGGGCGCCCAGCAGUGGGAAUUGCGCUGCGACGGGGCUCUGGAGGGAAUUGUCACACAGGAGGCGGAGGAGGACUACAUGGCGCCGCUGAAGGCCCUCGUGGAGACGCGCACCUCUCGCUGGUGAAGGGCUCCGCGGCUUCUGUCUUUUCUCUGGUUUGUGCCGCGUCCGCACUCCGCAGCGAUUUUUUAAGUAUUUAUUCUCAUCUUUCGCGGAUCGGUAGCGGGUUGUUGUCUGCGGUUCAGUUUGGCAGAAUUUUAUUUGUGUUUUUUUGUGAUUUUUCUGGUGAUUUUUCACGCACCGUGCCGGUCUAAUCAUUUUUUGAUGGUCGGGUAAAGCAACGGAGAAUUUUGCGCCGGUUCACACAGUACAGAGUUUAGAGAUUAAUUAAUA